GACUUUUAUUAAAUAUCAGGUGAUCAAUGGUAUUUUAUAGUUAUUUAAUGAAUAAAUAUGAUUAUCUAUACCUAUUACUCCUUUGAUUAACUUUUGUUUCCAUUUAAUUUGAAUUAAAUUAUAGUUACUAACAUGUAUGUAAUUAUGUGUAAUUGUUAAAACUUUAUAUGACUGUCCAUAUUGAAAUUAUUCAAGAAACAAGGAUCUGGUUAAUUUAAAACAAACAUUCACAUUGAAAUUAUUCAAGAAAGAUAAAGGAUCUCAUGAAUUUAAAACAUACAUCCACAUUGAAAUUAUUCAAGAAACAAGGAUCUAGUUGAUUUAAAAUAAACAUCCACAUUGAAUUCAUUCAAGAAAGAUAAAGGAUCUGAUUAAGUUAAAAUAAACAUCCACACUGAAUUCAUUCAAGAAAGAUAAAGGAUCUGGUUGAGUAAAAAUAAACAUCCACAUUGAAAUCAUUCAGUGAAAUAAAGGAUCUGGUUGAGUAAAAAUAAACAUUCACAUUGAAUUCAUUCAAGAAAGAUAAAGGAUCUGAUUAAGUUAAAAUAAACAUCCACAUUGAAAUCAUUCAGUGAAAUAAAGGAUCUGGUUGAGUAAAAAUAAACAUUCACAUUGAAUUCAUUCAAGAAAAAUAAAGGAUCUGGUUGAGUAAAAAUAAACAUCCACAUUGAAAUCAUUCAGUGAAAUAAAGGAUCUGGUUGAGUAAAAAUAAACAUUCACAUUGAAUUCAUUCAAGAAAAAUAAAGGAUCUGGUUGAGUAAAAAUAAACAUCCACAUUGAAUUUAUUCAAGAAAAAUAAAGGAUCUGGUUAAUUUAAAACAAAUAUCCACAUUGAAAUCAUUUAAGAAAGGACCUGGUUGAAAUAAAACAAACAUCCACAUUGAAAUCAUUCAAGAAAAACAUCGGGUUAAGUUAAAACAAACAUCCACAUUGAAAUCAUUCAAGAAAAAUAAAGGAUCUGGUUAAUUUAAAACUAAUAUCCAUAUAGAAAUCAUUCAGUGAAAUAAAGGAUCUGGUCAAGUUCAAAUAAACAUUCACAUUGAAAUCAUUCAAGAAACGAGGAUCUGAUUAAUUUAAAGCAAAUAUUCAAAUUGAAAUUAUUCAAGAAAAGAUCUGGUUAAGUUAAAGUAAACAUCUACAUUGAAAUCAUUCUAGAAAGGACCUGGUUGAAUUAAAACAAACAUUCACAUUGAAAUCAUUCAAGAAAAAUAAAGGAUCUGGUUAAUUUAAAACUAAUAUCCAUAUAGAAAUCAUUCAGUGAAAUAAAGGAUCUGGUUAAGUUCAAAUAAACAUUCACAUUGAAAUCAUUCAAGAAACGAGGAUCUGAUUAAUUUAAAGCAAAUAUUCAAAUUGAAAUUAUUCAAGAAAAGAUCUGGUUAAGUUAAAGUAAACAUCUACAUUGAAAUCAUUCUAGAAAGGACCUGGUUGAAUUAAAACAAACAUUCACAUUGAAAUCAUUCAAGAAAAAUAAAGGAUCUGGUUAAUUUAAACCAAAUAUCCACAUUGAAAUCAUUCAGUAAAAUAAAAGAUCUGGUUAAGUUCAAAUAAACAUCCACAUUGAAAUCAUUCAAGAAACGAGGAUUUGUUUGAGUAAAAAUAAACAUCCACAUUGAAAUCAUUCAAGAAAAAUAAAGGAUCUGGUCAAGUUAAAACAAACAAACAUACACACACACACACAUACAACCUAAUCUUAUCAUCAUAAAAACUGUUACAUUAAUAUUUAAAACAAAAUAUAAUAUAGGGAUUUUCAAAAAAAAAACAAAAAAAACAGCGGGAAUUCAAACAACAGAACAAAAUAGGAAUAGUAUUUUUUUCUUCAUACAAAGUAAUUGAUAAAAUAUUCAUUCAGAAGGUGGAAAUAUGUCAAGUUGGCAACGUCUUUCUGGAUAUUUAAAUUCAAAACCAACUGGACCUCCACUUGUGAAUAAUGCAUCGGAUAUUGCUGCAUAUUUUGAAUCUGCAUUCAAAAGAUUAAAAGGGAUUCAACGUCAUUGGUAUGUAUUUGAAGAGUCUACAUUAAAAUUAAUGGCUUAUCGUAAUCAAAUGGAUGCAGCUAUACCAGAUAAAGAACCAUUGAAAAUAAUCAAUAUUCAUGGAGCUGUAUUUCAUAUUGAUCCUGCUGAACAUAAUCAAUUUAGUAUUAUGUCAGAUGGAAAAGAACAUAUUCUACAAGCAGAAACAGAAGAUGCUAUGCUGUUAUGGCUUCAUGUUUUACAGACAAGAAGAAAUGAAGCUGUACAAGCAAGUGAAUCAGACAGUUCAUCUCCUAAUGAUGAUAGUUUAACAGAUUAUAAAUUAUUUCGUCAAAAUUCUUUAAUGAAAAUGCAAAUGUCAAUACCAACAAGAUUAUCACCAAUUGUAUCAUCCGAUUCUAAUGAAUCUUCAUUCAAUGAAUCAAUAAAAACACGUAAAACAAGUAUGAAAAUGACAAAAUUAAUAAAACAAGAAUCAAUAAUAGAUCCAAUAAAUGAUAAUCAAUUAUCUGAUCAAACAUCAAAUUUAUUUCAUUCAUCAUGGUUAUCAUCAAUCGAUAAUACAAUCAAUAAUGAACCUAGAAAACGUUUAUCAUAUAGUCGAUCAAGUUCAUAUGAUUCAGAGAUAGUUAAACAACAUGUAAAUGAUAUGAAUAUGAAUGAAAAAUAUCAAAAAACUAUAUCAAGAUCCAAUAGUUAUUUACCAGCACCACCACCACCAGCACCACCACCACAACAACAACAACAACAUCAUCAUCAUUAUCAUCGACGUAUAGAUCAAUCAUCAAAAGGAAUUUUUAAUCAUCGUAAUCUAAUGAAUUUACCAAUAGAAGAAGGAGAAGAAAAUGAAGAUUAUUCAAUGAAUGAUAAAUUAUAUUAUAAUCGUCAAUUAUCAAUGAAUAUAAAUGGAGAGAAUCGUAACCAGUUGAGGACAACAAUGAAAGUCCUGGACAAUUUAUCAGACAAUAAACAAAAAGAAGAACUGAUACCACAAAACAAUCUAAUUGGGAGUGAUUCAAACUUAGCAGGGGAGAUUAAUGGAGAAUCUAGAAAAAUGUCGAAUGCCAAUUCCACAGCGUCCAACGAGUUUAAUCAAACAGAGAAAGAAAAUUAUAACAUGAUAUCAAGAAAUGAUAAUAAAUUUUUCGGUGAUACAGAAAUGAAUGAAGAUCCUCACGAAACAUCUGAACGACAGUAUCCAGGACAACAAAUAUCAACUGGUGAAUAUUCAACAAAUCAAUUAUCAGCAAAAUAUCAAAGUUCAAUAAUACUUCAAAAUCCUCGAACAUUUAGUGAUAGUGAUAUUGAUAUAGAAAAUGAAUUAUCACCAAAUGAUUAUAUAAGAGAAUUAAAAGCUCAAUUACAAUCAUCAUUAGAUCGUGAAGCAUCAUUACGUCAAAUGUUAUCUAAUCGUGAAGCUGGUAUACGUGAAAUUGAUCAAAAAGUAGAAAAUAUUGAAAAUACAGAAAUGAAUGAUAAUUCAUCAUUUAAAUUACCGAAAAAUAUUUCAGCCAAUAAAUUAAGAGAUAUGAUUGAAGAUUAUGAACAAAAACAAAGAAUUCUAAAUAGAAAGAAUCAAUUCUUGAUAACAGAAAUUCGUGAAUUAGCUUCUAUCAAGUAUAUGUUUACUGAUCAUUCAAAUAAAAUGUCCAAGUACAUACAACGUUUAAACAUGGAAGGAUUUAAAUGGAGACGUGAAUAUGUUAAACUAUUACAAGCAUGUCUUGGUGCUACACAAACAGAUCCACAUCAUCGAUUAAUGUUUAGUGAUUAUGGUAAAGAUCGAUAUAAAAAUUUAAUCAGUGAACUAUUGGAUGAAGCAAGACGUAAAGAUCCAAGUUUACCAUCAAUGAUUAAACCAAAAACUGCAGAUUAUCAUGUGGAUUUUUAUGGAUUCAAGCAUAGUUAUUUAAAUGAAACAAGUAUUAUACAUUAUAGUUGUCAACAAUUAUAUGACUUUUAUACACGUCAAUUAUCUGGUGGUGAUGAAAAUUUCUAUCGUUGGACUGAACUAUUAACUCAAGCAAAUAGAGAAUUGACAAGAGCUGAUUUAGAAAUUCUUUGUCGUUCUGGUAUACCUAUUCAAUAUCGUGAAGGUGUAUGGCGUAUGUUAAUACAUGGUGAAUUACAUCAAUUAAUGCAAAUGAAAGGAUCAUUAUAUUAUAAUGGACUAUUAGAAGAAUUCAGUGAAAAUACACUUGCAGCUCAACAUAGACGUCAAAUCUCACUUGAUUUAUUGAGAACUAUGCCAAAUAAUGUACAAUUUGAUAAUAUUGACGCUCCUGGGGUACAAAAACUUCAAGAAGUAUUACAAGCUUAUAGUAUACAUAAUUCUAAAAUUGGUUAUUGUCAGGGUAUGAAUUUUAUAGCAGCUGUUGCAUUGCUAUUCUUAAGAAAAGAAGAUGCUUUCUGGUGUUUAAUUGCUAUAUUAGAACGAUUUUUACCAGAGAAUUAUUUUAAUUCUGGUUUAAUUGAUGCACAAGUUGAUCAACUUGUAUUAAAAGAAAUAAUCAAUGAAAAAUUACCACGUUUAUCAUCACAUUUAAAACGAUUAGGUAUUGAUAUAUCUGCAGUGACAUUAAAUUGGUUCUUAGCUGUAUUUUAUGAUUCUGUACCAUUUGAAACAUUGAUCCGUAUAUGGGAUGUGUUUCUAUUAGAAGGUUCAGAAAGUUUAUUUCGAUUUGCAGUGGCAAUUCUUAAACGUAAUCAAGAUAUGCUAUUAGAACAAAGUGAUACAAUCAGUUUUUGGAAAUGUCUUAAAGCUGCAACUCGAUUAACUAAUGAUGUAGAUGGAUUAAUUAAAACAGCUUUUGAAGAACUUCGACCAUUUCCUAAACCUCAACUCAUUGCAACACGUCGUGCUUAUCAUUAUGAAAUAUUAAGUAAAAAAAUGUCUAUCAAAAAAGGAUAUUGGCAAAAUGUUAUGAAAGAAUCCCCUGAUGAAUUUAUUGAGAAUCAAAAUCACAUUCAACACAAACGAUCUACUAAAGAAAACCAAGCUGUAAUUCAAGCAAUCACAUUUUAUGAUAAUGAGCAUUUGUGGAUUUGUCAUGGUGAUAAAUCAUACAGUCAAAUUUCAGAAGUUGUUGUUACAUCAAACUGUAUGCAAAGUAUCGGUUAUGAAUUGGAAUCUCGUGUCAGUUGUAUAUGUGCAUUUAGUAAUGAAAUUAUUCUACUUGGUAUGAUGUCUAAACAAUUAUGUGCUUAUUCAGUCAUACAAAAUUCAAAAAUUUGGCAAAUUCCAAUUCAUGAUAGUGUUAGUGAUUUAACAUUUGCCUAUUUUAUACAUGAUCAUACAAAUAAAGUUUAUGCUGGUUUAACCAAUGGUGAAUUAGUUGUUAUAGAAAAUAUUGGUUUUGAAGAACCACGUGAUUCUAUAUAUUACAUUACUAUUAGUUUUAUUCCAAUAUCAUCUGUACUUUUGGUAAAGAAUCAAUUAUGGUGUGCAAGUGGUAGUUCUAUAUUCAUUUUUCAUGCUAAAACAAUGGAUUAUUAUAAACAAAUUAGUAUAUCUAAUAAUCCAUUAGAUGUUAUAUUAAAAAUAUGUCUUGGUAAUAAUGGUGUUUGGAUUGCAGUACGUGGUAGUUCAGUAAUUGAAUUAUGGGAUCCAGAUAGAUUGAUACGUAUACUUUUAUUCAAUAUUGUUAAUGAAACUUAUUUAAGUCGAAGACCAGAAGAAGAGUAUACAUUUAAUCCUCAACGAGUCACUGUAAUACUUCCAUAUGAUAAUAUAUUAUGGAUUGGUACAGGAAUGGGUGAAGUAUUAGUUUAUCAAAUUCAAACUUAUCAAAAAACAGAAAAUGGAAAAAGUUUCGAAGGUAAUAUUCAAAUGACCAAACAUAAACGUUCAAUGUCAUUAAAAGAUGAAUUACAACGAAAGGAUGAAACAACAAGAAAAACUUCAUUGAAAUCUACACGUUAUCCAUCAAAUCCUGAUAUUAGUCAUGUGCCAGAUAAGAAACCAGAACCAUUAUUUUAUCCAUUACGUCAAAAUUCAUUAAUAUUAGAAUAUGCAAUUGAUUCAAGUGAUAUAUAUGAAUUACAAAAAAUUGUACGUAGUAAAGUCGCUGAAACUCCUAUACGUUAUUUAGUUAUGAAAAAAAUUACAGAUAGCCAUGUAUUGAUCAUUUCAUGUUCAACAUAUUUCAAUGAUGAUGAUGCUGUACUUAAAUGGCAACGUGAUAGUAAUAAUGGUUCAAUUUGGACAAAUGAACCAAUUUAUGUAUUUGAUCGUGAAAGUCGUUCACUUAGAUUACCAGCUUAUAUGCGUAAUAGUUUAUGCUUACAAAUGCAUCAUAAAAAAUCAAUUAUUAUGAAUUAAACUUUUAUACAAUUUCAUUGUAAUUUACUAUUAUUAUUAUUAUUACAUAACUACUAAUUUAACAAGUAAAUCUAUCAUUGACACACGCACGCACGCACCCACCCACCCACACACACACACACGCAUACAUACAUACACACAUACACACGCACAAUGAAACCAGAUUUUCCUAUUUCAGUAAUAAAAACACUCCCCCCACGUUUUGUUUUCUGUAACCAGGGUAACUAUUUUGUACAUAAUAAUUAUUUUUUAUAAUCAAAAAAAUCAAUUAAAAAUCAAUAAAAUAUUGUAAAACACUUAUUUUUUUUUAAAAAAUAAUAACUAAUACACAAUAUUAAAUUCUA